CAAACGCCGCAGGUCUCUCCACAGUAUCCUCAAUACCCUCAAACGCCACAGGUCCAACCUCCUCCACCACUGCCUUACCAAUACACCUCCAGUGAGCCAAAUCAGCCUGCUUACCAUAGCUGUGAGGUGACAGCAGGCCAGAGAGUCCCAUGUGGAGGCCCUGAUAUUUCUGCUGUUGCAUGUGAAGCGAUUGGCUGCUGCUUUGAUGGCCAACAGUGUUACUUUGGAAAAGCAGUGACCGUCCAGUGCACCAAGGAUGCCCAGUUCAUUGUGGUAGUGGCCAAAGAUGCGACUCUGCCCAACAUUGACCUUGAGUCAAUCUUACUGUUGGGACAAGGUUUUGGCUGUACAUAUAUCGACUCUAAUUCAGAAUUUGCCAUCUACCAGUUUCCUGUAACUGCCUGUGGCUCUAUUGUUAUGGAGGAGGCUGGUGAUAUAAUCUACAAAAACAGGAUUACCUCCACAUUCGAAAUUGGUACUUCUGCUACUGGAGUCAUUACCAGGGACAGCCAGUAUGACUUGCUCUUCCAGUGUAGAUACAGCGGAACCUCUGUUGAAACUUCGGUUGUAGAGGUGUUACCAUUAGAUAAUCCUCCUCUACCAGUUUCUGCUCUGGGACCCAUCACAGUACAACUGAGGUUGGCUAACGGACAAUGCAGUACAAAGGGUUGUAAUGAAGUGGAUGCAGCCUAUACCUCUUACUAUACGGAUGCAGAUUAUCCUGUAACCAAAGUACUGAGGGACCCUGUGUACGUGGAGGUUCAACUCCUUGAAAAGACAGAUCCAUCACUUGUCCUGACUCUUGGUCGCUGUUGGACAACCACAAGCCCUGACCCUCACAGUCUGCCCCAGUGGGACAUUCUGAUAGACGGGUGUCCAUACAAGGAUGAUCGCUACUUGUCCGCAGUGGUUCCUGUUGAUUACUCCUCUCCUCUUCUGGAAUUCCCGAGCCACUACAGCCGAUUCAUUUUCAAAAUGUUUACCUUUGUGGACCCCAAUUCACUGGAACCCCUGAGGGAACAGGUGUACAUUCACUGCAGUACAUCUGUUUGUGCUGCUGCACCGGGUAGCAACUGUGGACCAUCAUGCCAAAGACAAAAGAGAGAUGUCGAGGCUGUGAACCAGGAGACAUCUGGGCCAAAGCUGGUGGCUUCUGUUGGACCUGUGGUCAUGGUCGCACCGGAGCAGUAAACAGCACAGUGCCAAGCUCAAGAAUUUGGUUGAGAACAUAUAGUAAUAGAAUAUAAACAUUAACAUGGUUCAGUAUUAGUGGUAAAACAAAAUUACCAUGUACAGUACGUAUUUGUAGCGAUUGUGAAAAGACAAGUAAAGAGCCAACGAUGUGCUGCAGGAAGUUUGCAUUCAAUAAAACUAACUGUGAUAUGCUCAUCUUAUAAAGAACACCUUUUUAAUUUAAUACAAUUUGGUUGACAUUGUGUCAGCCAAGUGCCGAUUUAACUUAUGUCUGGGGCUGUA